AUGAACUUUGUAAAUACGACUUCUGCAUACAUCCAACGUGUCGCCGCUUCCGGAAAAUUGAUUUGUCGCGGACAGCCAGCUGGAUCUGUCGUAAGUUUCUUUUGGCUCUCUAUAAACUGCUUUCUUGCGGAGGCACAAUUGUAAUAGUUUCCAGAUUAAGAAAAUCUUUGUAUCGUACUAUUUCAGAAGAUAAAACUCUACGACGGUGAUGAUUAUUCGCUUGAAAAUCAGAUCGGUGCAACCGCGACCUACGGAUCGACUGGCAACUUUACCGUGGACGGAGCAGAAAACUCGGACGUCCCCAUGAACCCCAAAAUAAACGUCUACCACAAUUGCUUCUUCUGGAAACCCCCUUGCACUCAAAGAUUUACAUACCAUUCAUAUUCCGACGUCCUAUAUAACGGAUGGAGACAAGAAAGUCUUUGA